CCUCGCUAGGGGGCAGAAAGAUGGGGAAGGCAGGGAAGGCGGCCGUGCGCCACGGCGCUCUCCUUAAACGUCUUCCGGGAUAUCUGGAGUGACGCCCGGUUCCUUAGUCAUUACCCAGCAGAUAGCAAUCGAAAGCGGACCAGUGAUUCAGGCUACUUUCUUGCUACCACCCCCUCCGCCCCCUGGAAAUAAAUAGGGCGGAAGCGGCAGCGUUUUCCUGCUCGCUUGCAGACUUUCCAUUUUGCAGGUAAGUGGAAAUGCGGAAAGCUUCCAAAGAUUUCCCUUUGUGGGGCAGAAAUAACUGGAAAUAAUGAUAAUGAUUGUUUCUACGAGUCCAGUUUUGCGAGAGGCCUGACUUGGACCGAGGCAGUGUUUACGAGCAUUUUGGAAGCGGGCAUUUCGUUGCUCCGUUAGCAACGGAGGAUACAGUAGUGGCCGAUAUAUGCUUCUCGGCUUUUUAGCAGCAUGCCGCAGUUUUAUUAAAGCAAGCAAACAAAAACAAGGCAGCUUUCCAUAAUAAUAACAACAGUUUUAAGGAAGAAGGCACCAAGCAUUUCCGUUAGUUGCCUACCUUAUGAGCUUGGCAGCAAGUGAGUCGUUUUCAGCAAACGGCUGAAAGUUUGCAUAAGAGGCGCUCGCUGAAUCCCGGUUGGAAUCGGCUGAUGACGCCGGAGGCUGUUCCCUGCAGUUAUCAAAUGAGCCUCAGCAGCUCCGGGGACAGCCGGCGACGCGCCUCCUGCGGAUGAUCCCGGAGACUGAAUCGAUAUAUUAGGGAUCAGGCGGUCCUGAGACUUUCUUAUGGUUUCUGGAUCCCAUGCUUUAUGAAGUAUCCACAACACAGCAUGUGCCAAUAAGUAAUCUAAUUAGGAUUAGCAAAAUUAGGGUUAGUAAAAUGAGUAAAAACUAAUCGGUGCAAUUAGUACAUAGAUCUCUGUUCCUCAGCUGAACUCUUCACAGCAUUAUUACUUUCCCCCCUCUUUUCUCAUUUUCUUUAGCUUCCUUGGCUGAAGACCUUUUGCUCUCUUUGCGAUGGGCGGCCAAAUCUCUGUGGACAAGUCGGUGCAGGUGGUGAUAGUCGGGGGCGGCUUCGGCGGGAUUGAAGCUGCCCGCAAGCUCAAGUGCUGGGGAGUCCCCUUCGUUCUGGUGGACAUGAGGGACGCUUUCCACCACAAUGUCGCUGCUCUCCGGGCUGCCGUACAGAGUGGUGAGCUUCUCCUUCUGGGGGCAGCACUAUGUGUGCUUCUUUCUCUGAGAUAUGGGCAGUUUGUAUGAGGGAGAUAAGCGGUCAAACAAAUUGCACAGAUAGGGGCUUAUACCAUAGAGUUGUGUUGCUUGUAGGCCUUAGAAAUCAGUUGGUAGAGAGGACUCUGUGUGAUGUCAUCUCCCCUGUUCUCCUGGAGAGGAAGGAGCAUAUAGUACUUCCAGUUCCCCUCUUCCUGCAACCAGCCAUGGGGGCAGAUGUGCCCUUUGCUUGCUCCAGCUCAGAAGAUGUCUGAAGCUGGUUACACUGUAAAUAUGCCUAUUUCCCCUGCAUAUAUAUUUUAUAUUGUUGCCACUGCUAUGAACCAAUGCAAGAUGAUCAGUAAGUCAGUUAUAUUUUUAAACUUAUCUCCCAAGUUGUAGCCUGAUUCAUUGUUAAGUGGAGCAAGAAAGGGAGAGCCGGCUUCCUUCAAAGCUGGACUUGCUCAAAGCAAAGUUUCAUAGCUUAACGCUUAUGCUCUAUAAAUUUUGCUGCCAAGGAUGGGAUUUUGAAACUCUGUUCAACCCACACACGUGGGUGCCUGGAGGGAUAAAUUGCAAUUAAUAUAUCCUCUCCAUUAAAACCCAUCCCACAAAAUCACAUUGUCAGGAAAGCACUGUUUAAUGUUUGGAUAAGAUACAAGGAUUUAUUGGAAAACAAAACUCCAAGGUGGUUGUCACCAAUGGAAGCGAAAGCCUUGAAAAAGCUCAAUAUGGAGGUCAAAUGGCCGAAAUAUUGGGAAAUUUUGGAACAAGAUGGAGAUAGACUGAAAUUGCAGAGUUUUGAAAAAUUGAAAAACAAAGUGCGAGACUGGCUUCAUUAUUAUCAGACAAUGGAGGCAUACAAUUUGGACAAGAAAAUUGGCUUCCAGGUGGAAAAAUCAAAAUUAGAAACAGAACUCUUAGAACCCAAAACUAAGAAUUUGUCAAGAAUGUAUAACUUGCUGCUGAAAUGGAACACUCAGGAUGAAACGGUGAAAUCUGCUAUGAUUAAAUGGGCACAAGACGUUGGACAUAACAUUAUGUUCGCUGACUGGGAACAGUUAUGGACCACAGGUAUGAAGUUUACGGCAUGUAAUGCCUUAAGAGAGAAUAUUAUGAAAAUGAUAUACAGGUGGUACAUAACCCCAGUCAAGCUUGCAAAAACCUACCAUUUGCCUGAUAAUAAAUGUUGGAAAUGUAAAGAAACUGAAGGUACAUUUUUCACCUUUGGUGGACGUGCCCAAAGAUUACGGCUUUCUGGGAGAUGAUAUAUAAUGAAUUAAAAAUGGUAUUUAAAUAUACCUUCUUGUAGAAACCAGAGGCCUUUCUCCUGGGCCUAGUUGGCCAAGUGGUGUUAAAAUAGGAUAGAACUUUCUUUAUGUAUGCUACAACAGCAGCAAGAAUACUCAUCGCAAAGUAUUGGAAGACACAAGAGCUACCCACACUGGAGGAAUGGCAGAUGAAAUUGAUGGACUAUAUGGAAUUGGCGGAAAUGACUGGCAGAAUCCGUGACUAGGGAGAAGAGUCGGUGGAAGAAGAUUGGAAGAAAUUCAAAGAUUAUUUACAGAAAUAUUGCAAAAUUAAAGAAUGUUAGAGUGAUGUUGGAUUGAAAUUAAGUGGCUUCUAGCUGUACAGGCUUUAAAGUUAUAUAUAGAUCAAGAUUAAGGAUUAGGAUUAAAAAGGUUAAAAGAAUGGAAAAUUGGUUUUUAAUAGGUAAAAAUUUAAUGUUAUAUUAUAUUAAGAUUAAGGAUUGGGAUUAAAAAGGAGGGAAAGGAAUUGCUGGACAAACAAACUGAAUUGGAAUACAAAAGAGGGAGGUAUGAGGAGGUCCGGGAAAUAAGUAAAUGUAAAAGUAGUGAUGAAAAGAUGGAAUUGUUUUUAACUGUGUUUUUUUUCUUUUUGUAUUUUGUAUUGUGUAUUUUUCUUUUUCUUUUUAAUUUUUUUUUAUUAAUGUGUAUCUUUUCAUGUGAAACUUUAAUAAAUAUCAUUUAAAAAUAAAUAAAUAAAACCCAUCCCACAAACAGUCCAGUGUGCUAUGAGAAUAUUUGUAGGUAGGAUGGGAGCUCUUGGAUCUAUGUUCAGAAAUUAAGUACUGAGCCUGAUAAUCAAAUACCUCUUUCCAGGUGGCAAAACCAGGCUGAAUCCUGCACAUAACAGCAACUGUAGCCUCAUUCUUUUCCCUACACUUGGUUCUCUCCCUGCCCUUGUCCCCAACAACUUGAUGUGUCCUUUCCUGUCAGGGCCAUAUGCUGGGAAACUACAUUUUUCUUUUUCUUUUAAAUGCCCUGUAAAUCUUUAGGCAAAUUUUGCUGCUGCGUGAAUUGCUAAGCUGAACACAGUUUCCAGGUAGCACCCUGUGAUUCUCCCACUCCAAGUACUUGACAUUCCUUCGUUUUUGCAGUCCCAGAUGGGAGUGAUAAUGAGGUUUACUGCACCCACAGUGGCAAUAUUGGUUUGAGGAGACAACAAGUUAUAUGGGCCUGCUAUAACAAGAAAAUGUUUCAAAAUUAAACCAGUUCAGGACACUGGGUUGAAAUUCUGUGAUUUAGCAACUUGAGAAGCCUGAGGGCACCUGAGCAAUACCCUGAUCCUUUCUCUUCUGUUCCAUUUCUGUGUUGUUGAUCCGAAGGAUUGGUUGUAUUUUCUUUGCUUUUAGAAAUUGGUAGUUGUACAGUGAUUUAUGCCACUUUUUUUUUUUUACACUGUAUACUGCUCUGAAUACAUUGGUAGAAGAAUCAGACAGAAAAAAUAUAGGUAUAUUCAUACAGCAGUUUUGGGAGCCUUAAUGUUUGUGGGGCAGAAUUAUGACUGAGGCCUAGUCUACACAUGCAGCAGAAUGAGGUGGUUAAGUCCUGUGGUGGUAUAAAGGACCCUAAUUUAUUAUUAAGUUUUCUCUUUUUGUGUUGCCUUUUGUAAAAAGUUCACUAUACCUAGAAACUGGAGCAGAUCCAUGCCUUACAUUUAAAACACACCCAAAAAAACCUCCAUGGAAGGCGAGUCCACAACCUCCCGAGGAAGUCUGUUCCAUUGUCAAACAGCUUGCACUGUCAGAAAAUUCUUCCUGAUGUUUAGUCAGAAUCUUCUUUCUUGUGACUUGAAUCCAUUGGUUUGGGUCCUGCCCUCAGAGCAGGAGAAAACAAGCUUGCUCCAUCCUCCAUGUGACAGCUCUUUAGAUAUUUGGAGAUAGCUAUCAUACCUCUUGUCAGUCUCCUCUUUUCCAUGAAUACAGCUGGGUGUGGUUUAAACACAUGGUGUGGACCUGCAGGUGGGUUGGACUGAAGUGUUUUUGUUUCUGUUAUAGGUUGCUAUUUUAACUUGCAGGGGGUUUUUUUUGGGGGGGGGCACUGAAUGUAGCAUGCACCCCCUGCGGUCUACUCCUAUUACUUUGGGCUUCUACCUUCUCAACCUGCCACACACAUAGACUAGGCUAUACACGUAUUAAAUAUUUAACUUCUUUGUAGUCUUGCUCUUUAAGUACCAUUAAUGGCCUGAAAAUUCUAUACAUCAUUUUGUAGGAUUUGCCAAGAAAACUUUCAUCUCCUUCUCCAAGACCUUUGGAGGCAGUUUCCGGCAGGGUCUGGUAAUUGGAAUUGACUUGGAGAAACGGCAUGUCCUGUUGAAUGAUGGUGAAGUGAGUGCAUUGAGGCUAAAAUCUAUGGUAGCCUGUAGACAUGAAUUGCAAGAAGGUCCGACUGACACUCUUUUAACAUCUCUUUUUAGCAGCUCUGCUAUUCCCACCUGAUCCUUGCCACAGGGAGUGAUGGGCCUUUCCCAGGAAAAUUUGACAAACCCAUGGACAUGCAGUCUGCUAUUCAGACCUACGAGGACAUGGUUCAAGAGGUGAUGUUGCAAAUUCCUUUUGGUGGGAAAUUGGUCUUUUCACCUUGUGUAUGGCUAUGUCUAGGGUCUGUACAUGGACCUACCUUGGCUCACUAAAGUGCCACUUAAGGCUGAUUUCUGGCAAGAUGGCAGUUAGGCAAGUCCAAAUACUCCCUUUCAAUCAGAAACUCAGACAUAUAAGCUAGGCACCAAAUGGCUCCUUAAAUCAAGAUUACAGUUGCCAAAACGGAAUGCCUAGCUUCCAUUUGGCGGCCAGAAGGCUCAAAAGUUGAAUCUUUCAAGACAACUUUUGAGUUCCUGAAAUUUGCUCUGAUGGUGCAGAUAAAAUAUGGCAGAUAGAAUUCCACAGGAUGCGUUGUUAGCAUGUGAAAACAGGCAAGACCCAAGGAUCCCCAGGCAUGCACCUUCAGAUGGUGGAGAUGUCGAGCACCAUCCUGUUUAAAAUUAUGAAGAGAUGUUAACAUAAUAUCUAAACUCUCUCGUUUCUCCUGGUUUUGAAAGGUUGAAAAAUCUCCCCGCAUAGUAAUUGUGGGGGGUGGUUCUGCUGGUGUUGAAAUGGCUGCGGAGGUUAAGACGAAGUAUCCCAACAAAGAGGUAGGAGCCACAAGUGACAUUACCGCUCACCAUUUUAUUCCUCUGGUAAUUGAAAUUUCCCCAGAAUAGACAAGGGUUGCCAUAAGUGUGGACUCUUAAAUGUUUGUGUGAUUCUAAAUAUCUCUAUAGUUUUUUACAUUUCUUUACCCCUGCCCCCAACAGAUAACUGCAGUUCUGUGCAUGGUUACUUGGGAACAAGUUCCACUGUGUUCAUUGGGACUUGCUUCCAGCUAAGUAUGCAUAGGAUUACAGUUGAAAUUAUUUUAUUUUUAAAAGUGAAUGGGUGCUUGGCGUUUUUUCCUCUUCUAUUGCUUUGUCUUUAAAUCUAUGCUCAACGCUAUAGGUUUGGCUAAUUCCUCUUUUUUGGUCUUUUUUUAAGUAGAGAAAUUGCAGUUUGGAUGAGUUGUUGCCCAGUUCUGCUGUUAAGUUGAAUUGUAAUCCAGGGACUCCAUUUUCCUUGGCUGUGUAGUGGAUUCUAGCUUGCUAUGUCUUCUGUAAGCCAAAGCUUUACUUUUGCGGGAGACGGGGUGGGGAGCGAUCUAGAUUUAGUUGCCAGCAUAGCAGACAAAAAUUUGAAAAGCUGCAUGAUUUUAUGGGCUCUCAAUGGCCACAUUUAGGUGUCAUGAUAUACUAGGGAAACUAUUUACCAUGCAUGAAACCAGUUGCACCCACUUAACCAUAUUCCCUGGCUUAGUGUAGUAUCUGAACCAGGAAUUGUGGUUUCUUUCACACCAAGCAAACCAUGAUAAGCUAAGGUCUACUGAUUGUGGUCUGAGAGAAACAAACCAUGAUCCCUGAUUUGGAUGGAACACUAAGCCACCAACUGUGUUUUACUUUCUCCCUAAAAAGGAAUGAAGGGGUUCAUGCAUGGGAACCCAUGCUUUACUAUGAUUUACCACAAUGUGAGAAUGCUGCCUUUGUAGUAAUCGAAAACCUGGUUAAAUUGAUACUGCAGACAGGUCAUGGGUCUUUGCUGUUAACACUCACAAAUUCAACAAUGUGGUUUUGUCCCCAGGUCACCCUUAUUCACUCAAAAGUUGCACUGGCAGAUGCAGAAGUGCUCCCCAGAGUUCGGCAGGAGGUGAAGGAGUCCCUUUUAAAAGAGGGGGUACAUCUCUUAUUGAGUAGGUACAUAGCUCAUUUAUUGCAUGUAAUUGUCUCCUAGGAAAGCUGAAAAUGAUCUUUCCUCUUAAACGUUUCCAGUUUAGGGUCGCUUCAGAAGAGUUUCUUUUUGUACUUUGGUAUACAUACACUGUGCAUCUCAAUGAAACUAUGCUCAUGUAAUUUAUUUAGCUACUUUUAAAAUAAUACACAGGAACAAUUGGCAAAGAGGAUUGAGCCCCUUUUAGUAGCAUAAAUGGUUAACAUUCAUGCACAUGUCAAAUUAGGACAUACAGUGUUUGUAUUUUGUACAUUGUUCAAAAAAGUUAUUUAGAGUGGUUCAUGGGGAUUACAUACUAUGGCAACUUUCAUGUAAGUUGGAAUACUGUACUCCCAUUGGACUUGGAGAGUGUUGCUUCUGAGUAGGCAAGCAUAAGAUUAUACAGUGGUACCUCGGGUUAAGUACUUAAUUCGUUUUGGAGGUCCGUUCUUAACCUGAAACUGUUAUUAACCUGAAGCACCACUUUAGCUAAUGGGGCCUCCUGCUGCCGCCGGAGCACGAUUUCUGUUCUCAUCCUGAAGCAAAGUUCUUAACCCGAGGUACUAUUUCUGGGUUAGCGGAGUCUGUAACCUGAAGCGUAUGGAACCUGAGGCGUAUGUAACCUGAGGUACCACUGUACUUUGUUCCUCUUUUACUUCAGGUUACUUGGUGAGGAUAUUGUGUAUUUAUUUUAACUGAAAUGUGUUUUUGCUCAGGAGCUGUAUACGAUGUGAAGUCCUCCCUGGGACCAAGUUCCAACCCAAUUUUUAUAAUUAGAAGUUGCUCAUAUAAUAGAGUUCCAAGAUUUUCUUUAUAACCAGGAGGGUUAGUAACACAUCUUUUUUAAACAAAACUGUAUUGGAAGUUUUGAACUGGGCACUUGGUUACUUUUAAGUUACGGUAAAUAUAAAACAGGGUUGGGGACUGAAUGUAGGUUCUCCAGAUCUUUUAUCUGACCUGUGAGAUUCUGCAGGCCAUGCCACGUGUCCAGUUUAACAUAUUCCAGCCUUCCUGAGCACCCUGUCUGAAAAAGUUCCCCCACCCUUGUUCUAAAAUUUAAAGUCAACCAACAUCCUUUCAAGGAAUAAAUACCUUAAAGCACAAGAGGAUGGGAGCACGGUUGUUGCAGUGGUUCAGUGACAUAUGGUGUCCUUGUUUUUGUUUUUUGUCUGCUUACAACAGGUCAGAAAGUUGAAAACCUGCAAUCACUGACUUUAAACGAAUUCAAAGAGAACAUGAUAGUGAAGACAGACAAAGGCACAGAGAUCGUUACCGACAUGGUGAUUCUCUGCACUGGGAUAAAAGUCAAUUCCGCAGCAUACAGCGGUGCAUUCAGUAAGUUAUUUCCCACCCUGACUUCAUGUUUAAGGAAACAUAGUUCUUCCAAUCCUCAUGUCUCAAUUAUAAAUUGGAAUUGUAACUUUGUACUUAGUUUCAGAAGGCACCAGACUAGCAGUAUUCAUUUGUUGGCUAAUGUUGAUGCCUUUUAAAAUGUGACCUUUUAUUCAUAUAAGCUGGCCCUACCACAUAGUAUCUGCCUCCACUGCUAGUUUUGGGAAGAUAAUUAAGGCACACAUCCUAUGCACACAUAGCUGGGAGUAAGUCCCACUGAAGUCUUGCUUCUGAGUAGACGUGCAUAGGGUUGAACUGAGAGAUAACAUUCUGCAUGUAUUUUAAUCAUUUUUAGACCUGGGACUUUGGAAGAAAAUAUACUAAAAUGGGCACUUCUGAUAUAUCUAUAUUAUAAAGAUAACGUUAGAUAAGACUUGUUUUGUGGCUUGUGGAGAGUUCAUGGUUUCCAUAAGACCAAGAAAGACAGGUUAAACUGAAUUACAUAGUUCAUGGAACUACAUACUGAUUUAAUUCCAUCAUCCAUCAUUAGGCGACAAGCUGGCAAGUAAUGGUGCUUUGCAAGUGAAUGAGUACCUUCAGGUUAAAGGAUAUGAUAACAUUUAUGCUAUUGGCGAUUGUGCUGAUGUGAACGAGCCAAAAAUGGCAUACCAUGCUGGGCUCCAUGCAGAUGUUGCAGUGACAAACAUUGUCAACAGCCUGACACAGAAGCCUCUGAAAACCUAUACACCAGGUAAGUUUUGUUUUGUGCCUUCAUGUCUCUCUUACACGUCUUCGAUAAAUGCGCAUUACAAGGGGUAUGACAGGAGCUUCCAUAACUGCACCAGAGUAUGAAGCUGCUAUUUUAGGGGACUUCCUACAAUCUCUUGUACUGCUGGUUCAUUCCAUACUUUAUCGAGCAUUUUACUUGGGAUUGUUCGGGUGGAGAAAUAAUAGUUGCUAAUUAAAUGUGCGAACAAGGCCUUGAUAGCUCUUAUGAGUGGGGAAUAUGGACUUUGCAUGAAAUGUGGGUUAAAUAAACGACUUAAAGUAAAUAAUAUAGCUUUAUAAAUCUUUGUGUCCCCUUCAGGAUCACUCACAUUCUUGAUUUCACUGGGAAGAUGUGAUGGAGUGGGCCAAAUCAGUGACUACUACGUGGGACAUCUCUUAGUGACAGUAGUUAAAAGCAGGGAUCUUUUCGUCUCACAAAGCUGGAGAAAGAUGGGUCAGUGUAUGCCAUGCUAGAUAGAAAGGGGCUUGCAAGAAAAGAUGCAGGUGUAACAGGACCAGUGCCAAAAAAGAAUAAAUCUUUCAAUUAAAGAAGGGUUGGGUAGUUAUUACUAAUUUUAAAAAGCUUAACUUUUGUCAUAUAUGGUUUGUAUAUCUUAUCCAAGGCUAUAUUUUACAUUGGACCUUGGGAUCAUUUUUACUAUCUGGCUCAUAAGCUAUAAUGGAUUCUGAAAGUUCUUGAAUUAAAAGAAGUAGCAACCUAC